ACAACUUUACUCAAACCACUGCUACAUUAGUCUCAGAGUUCAUCUGGAAAUUAAUCAAUUAUUCCUUUUUAAUGGCGCAAAGCAUCUCAAAUUCUUCGAAUAUCGAUCCACGCAGCGGAUUUUGCGGAGCGGAUUCCACCUUCUACAGCAAGCGCACCCCAAUUCCUCUCCCCUCCAAUGAAUCGCUCGACGUCACCACCUUCAUCUCCUCCCGCGCCCACCGCGGCAAGGUCGCCUUCAUCGACGCCGCCACCGGCCGCCGCCUCACCUUCGCCGACGUGUGGCGUGCGGUUGACGCCGUAUCCACCUCCCUCUCCGCCGAAUUCGGCAUCCGCAAAGGCCACGUCAUCCUCCUCCUCACACCUAACUCGAUCUACUUCCCCAUCGUCUGCCUCGCCGUCAUGUCCCUCGGCGCCGUCAUCACCACCACCAACCCCCUCAACACUCCCCGUGAAAUCGGGAAACAGAUCUCCGAUUCGAAGCCGGUGCUCGCCUUCACCGUUCCGGAGCUUCUCCCCAAACUCGCCGGUUCAAAUCUCCCAAUCAUCCUCCUCGGAUCGGAUAGUUGUACCCCGAGCAGCAAGAGUAGUACCGAGUUAAGAAUCGUCGCGUCAAUUGAGGAAAUGAUGAAAAAGGAACCGAGUCAGAGCCGAGUCAAGGAGAGAGUCCACCAGGACGACACGGCGACGCUUCUCUACUCCUCCGGCACAACCGGCGCCAGCAAAGGCGUCGUUUCGUCGCACAGGAACCUAAUUGCAAUGGUCCAAACAGUGGUGAAUCGGUUCAAAUUAGACGACGAAAAUCAAACCUUCAUCUGCACGGUUCCGAUGUUCCACAUCUACGGAUUAGUAGCCUUCGCCACCGGCCUGAUCGCCUCCGGUUCGACCGUCGUAAUCCUUUCCAAAUUCGAGAUGGAUGAAAUGCUGAUGGCGAUUCAGAAAUUCUCCGCCACCUAUCUGCCUCUAGUUCCGCCGAUUCUAGUGGCGAUGGUCAACAACGCCGAUAUCAUCAGAAAAAAGUACGAUUUCAGCAGCCUGCACUCCGUCCUCUCCGGCGGCGCACCGCUGAGUAAGGAAGUGAUAGAGGGGUUCUCGGAGAAGUACCCGAACGUGACGAUUUUGCAGGGCUAUGGACUCACUGAGUCGACCGGGAUCGGAGCUUCGACGGACUCGCUGGAGGAGAGCCGGAAAUAUGGAACGGCGGGGCUGCUAUCGCCGAACAUGGCGGCGAAGAUCGUCGAUCCGGAGACUGGGGAGGCGUUAUCCGUGAACCAGACCGGUGAGCUUUGGCUGAAGGGCCCCUCCAUUAUGAAAGGAUAUUUUAGCAAUGAAGAGGCCACAGCUUCGACUCUGGAUUCGGAAGGGUGGUUGAGAACUGGUGAUUUGUGCUACAUUGACGAGGAUGGAUUUAUCUUUGUGGUGGACAGGUUAAAAGAGCUCAUCAAGUACAAGGGUUAUCAAGUACCUCCUGCAGAAUUGGAGGCUUUGCUACUCACUCACCCGGAAAUCUCUGAUGCUGCUGUUAUACCGUUCCCAGAUAAAGAUGUUGGACAAUUUCCGAUGGCGUACGUCGUACGCAAAGCGGGAAGUGCAAUAUCAGAGAGUGGAGUGAUGGAUUUCAUCGCGAAGCAGGUAGCUCCAUACAAGAGAAUUCGACGUGUGGCAUUUGUGGCUUCCGUCCCGAAAAACCCUUCUGGCAAGAUACUCAGGAAGGAUUUGAUCAAGCUUGCUCUCUCUAAGAUAUAACGAGCUGUAUGUAUAUAUAUAAGUUCCUCUGUCUCUCCUUUUCUCUUCUAUAGCAGUCUUGUAUUGAUAGUUACAAACGACUACGAAAAACUACGAGAUAUUAAAAAAAGAAAAAGAGGGGAGUUUGAUUGUAUCGAACCUCGUUUCUUGUCAACAAGACUGCAUAUUGUUGCCUACUCCUACCAUCAUUAUACGGAAAUCUCCUCGGUAAAUUUAAGAAUGGAGUGCAUCAAUUGUUUCUCGCACGGAACUAAUAAAGGGCCGUGCACUGUCAAUCCGUACUCCUCUUCAGCCAUUUCUAGCAGCACUCUGAAAAUGGGGUGAUUUAGAUAGCACAGAGGUACGGUGAACCGGUUGUUGUCGUUUGAGUAGACCACGAAAUGGCCUCGUCUUUUCCAUUUUUCGAUUAUCUUGCUCAGCUUCUUGGAGCUCCCUUUCAUGGGAUUUAGCAUCAAAAUUCUUUUUUUUUUUCUUGGCCUUUAGAGCUAUUGUUUAUAAAAAUGAUUGAUAGUUUUUUUGGUGCUGAUAAA